GAAGGCUCCAUGUUUCAGCUGCCCAUCUUGAAUUUCAGCCCCCAGCAGGUCGCCGGGGUGUGCGAGACUCUGGAGGAGAGCGGCGACGUGGGCCGCCUCGGCCGCUUCCUGUGGUCGCUGCCCGUCGCCCCGGCGGCCUGCGAGGUGCUCAACAAGAACGAGUCGGUGCUUCGGGCCCGGGCCGUGGUCGCCUUCCACACCGGCAAUUUCCGCGAACUCUACCACAUCCUGGAGAACAACAAGUUCACCAAGGAGUCGCACACCAAGCUGCAGGCGCUGUGGCUGGAAGCGCACUACCAGGAGGCCGAGAAGCUGCGAGGACGCCCGCUGGGGCCGGUGGACAAGUACCGGGUGCGCAAGAAGUUCCCGUUGCCCAGAACCAUUUGGGACGGCGAGCAGAAAACCCACUGCUUCAAGGAGAGGACCCGCCACUUGUUACGAGAAUGGUACUUGCAGGACCCAUAUCCCAACCCCAGUAAAAAGCGGGAGCUUGCUCAGGCUACUGGACUUACGCCCACACAAGUAGGAAACUGGUUCAAAAACCGAAGACAAAGAGACAGAGCUGCGGCGGCCAAAAAUAGGCUCCAGCAGCAGGUUUUGUCCGGCGGCUCCGUUCGCUCCCUGGCCGACGAGGACGGCACCGUGGACCGCCUGGGCAACGCGUCCAGUCCUGAGGCGAGCCUUUCCAGCAAAGCGGCGGCCUCGGCCAUCUCCAUCACCUCCAGCGACAGUGAAUGUGACAUCUGA